CCAAAACAAUGGAGUCGGCGUUACUGCCACAGAACUGACCUUAACUUAUUUCACCGUAUUUUUGGACAAAACAUUAGUGAUUGUGUGGUUGAUCGCUGUGUUGUGUUGCGUUGCGUUAGUUAAAUAAUUGCUGUCUCGCUAACUGAUGCUUUCUGCACAGAUUUGUGGAUACAGGCGACUUAAAACUAGCCCAGCUAGCUAGCUCGCUAUAUAUUAGUCGUGUGUUUUUGCUAGUAAGUUUGAUGUUUGAUUAAUAGGAUCCCGCGUUUCUGAAAUAUAUUCUUUUUUAAAAUGUAGUCAGGACUAAGACGACUGGGUUUCGAUUUUAAACUACAGCAUCAUAGCCCGCUACCUAUCGUUAGCCUGCUAGCCUGCCGGUCAGAUACAGCUCGCUCGAAAGUGUGAAGGAAUGAAAUACAAACAAACUAUAUUUCGUUUAUGGCAUUUUGCAUGAUUUGGUUCCGAGUUACCGAGUAAGUAAUGAAAAGCGAGUGUCACGGACCCACCUCAGCCAAAUCACAUAGCUAGUUGGCUAACUAGCUAACUAACGACCCAUCGGACCGGAUUAAUACCAUGCCUUCUGCAAGCUGUUGCCCGGGUUUCUGCAGAGAUGUUACCGCUUAGCGUCCGCAGCGCUCUGACCUGAGACGGAUCCAUCUGAUGACACCAUGGCAGGGAUUGCGUGGUACCAGGAGAAGAUAGGGGCAUAUGACCAACAAAUAUGGGAGAAGUCUCUGGAGCAAGCCGAGUUAAAGGGCAUUGGCAGCAAACCAAAGAAGACAGGCCACAUCAAAGCUGAUCUGAUCGAUGUGGACUUGGUUAGAGGCUCCACGUUCAGCAAGGCCAAGCCGGAGAGCCCGUGGACUGCUCUGACACGAAAGGGCCUGGUCAGGGUACUGCUCUUCCCCUUCUUCUUUCAGUGGUGGAUCCAGGUGACAUCCAGGUGCAUUUCCACCUGGCUGCUGGUCCUCUACUUCCUGCAAGUGCUGGCUGUGCUCAUGUCCCUGGAGAUGCCAGCAGCCUCCGGCAGCGAGGUGCUGGGGCCCAUGUGUCUGAUGCUGCUGCUGGGGACGGUGCAUUGCCAGAUCGUCUCCACCGAGUCCUGCAGAACCACCGCAAGCAGCCCCGCAACCAGCCCUGCAGCCAGCCCUGUGGCCAGCCCCGCACGCAGGAAGAGACAGAGGAAGGGGCGGAGUGUGAAGAAGGCAGAGGAGCAGGAGGGUGUGCAGCCCUGGCAGCUGCAGGAGAACCAGAGGCUGUACCGCAGCGAGAGGAAGGCUGGCUGUGAGAACAGCCACAGAAGGUCGGUGGUCGGGGUCUCAGACGAGCUGUCCAGCGAGGAGGAAGUGGAGCCCUACCGCCAGCCCCCGUGGGGGGGGCACGUUCCCGCAGAGGGGGCGAACCCUGCCUCCAUCCUGCGCAAGAGGAACCGCCCAUCCCCCCAGAGCGCCCCCGCACCGCAGGAGGACAGCGGCCAGCCCAUCAAACUCCCGCCACGAGAGGUGGAGCGCCUGAGACCCUCAGAGAGCCCACGCCCCGCCUCCGACACGGACGACACGCUGUGGGAGGAGCUUCUGCAGGGCCCAGACUCCGCCUCCUCGGGAAGCAGCGACAGCGAGGGAGGCGGGCACUUCUGCCACGGCCCGCCCCCCAUCGCCAACCUGUCCAGUGAGGACGAGAGCUUCCAGCCGGGCCACCUGUCCUGGCUGCAGGCGUGUCACCCCUCCAAAGACCGCGUCAGCGCCAUCAUCUGGGAGCAGGGAGAGUGCAAGAAGACUGACAUGUCGGUCCUGGAGAUCAGCGGCAUCAUCCUGACCCGGGUGAAGGCGGUGGAGCAGGGUGUGGGUUACCUGAUGCUGGGAGGCGUGGUGACCGCGGCGCUGGCCGUGCUGCCGUUCGGCUUCCGGGUGUCGCAGCGUCUCAGCAUGACGCAGCUGGGCACAGUGAAGAUGGCGGAGCUGGCGGACAUGGCUGUGGGCCCAGCCGACACCUGGACGUACCUCUUCUUCCUCAUCACCACACUGGAGCGUGUCUGCCUCACCGGACUCUUUUUCUUCAUGAUGUGCGUGGCGGAGCGCACCUACAAGCAGCGUCUCCUCUUCGCCAAACUCUUCAGCCACCUGACUUCAGCACGUAAGGCCAAGAAGUCAGAGGUGCCCCACUUCAGGCUGAAGAAAGUGCAGAACAUAAAGAUCUGGCUCUCCCUGCGCUCCUUCCUAAAGAGACGAGGCCCCCAGCGCUCAGUCGACGUCAUCGUCUCCUCCAUCUUCCUCCUCGCCCUCUCCAUCGCCUUCAUCUGCUGUGCUCAGCUCCUGCACAGCCACCACACCUUCCUGGACUCAGAGACCAACUGGGAGCUGAUGAUCUGGGGCUCGUCUCUCAUCGUAUUCCUGCUGCGUCUGGCCACCCUCGGCUCCGAGACCAACCGCAAGUACAGCAACGUGUCUGUGCUGCUGACAGAGCAGAUAAACUUGUAUCUGAAGAUGGAAAAGAAGCCCAAUAAAAAGGACGAGCUGAACAUUGUGAACAAUGUGCUGAAGCUGGCAACCAAGCUGAUGAAGGAGCUGGACACCCCCUUCCGGCUGCUGGGUCUGACGGUGAACCCCCUGAUCUACAACAUCACUCGCGUGGUCAUCCUGUCUGCCGUGUCCGCCGUGGUCAGCGACCUGCUGGGCUUCAACAUCCGUUUAUGGAAAAUAAAGCCGUGAUCUGUGAGCGCUGGCUGGAAGAAAUAAGCAGCUCGGUCUCCCAUAGCAACGGAGCGGCUGGGAGGCCGAGGGCCGGAGGGGGACCAGGUCUGCAGACGGCCAGAGCAACAUGUGCAAAGCUACUGAUACUGAGUCACAGUGCCUCAAACCUCCCAACACUCAGCACAGCAAGCAACACUCAGCACUCUGCUUGGAGGGGUCUGGAAAUUAGUACUACACUGUAUUACAAGCCCUGCUAAAUCACUCCAGUGCAGUGCAGUG